AAAAAAAAAAACAGCCGGCAAGAUUCACUGUCAGUCUAACAACAUCCACUUAGAGAGGACAGCCGGAGGACGGACGACCCCGCACUAAACAUUCCUUCAGAGAGAAAAUGUCCCAGCGAUCAGAGGAAGAUCUCUACUGUCCUGUCUGCCACGACAUCUUCAAAGAUCCUGUUGUUCUGACAUGUAGCCACAGCUUCUGUAAAGACUGUCUGCAGAACUGGUGGACAGAGAAACUAUUACAGGAGUGUCCAGUGUGUAAGAGAAGAUCGUCAAGGAGUGAACCGCCUUGCAACUUGGCGUUGAAGAAGGUCUGUGAGUCCAUCAUACAAAAGAAAGAGAGGAGAAGUUCAGCAGGGUCUGAGGCUCUCUGCAGUCUGCACUCUGAAAAACUCAAACUCUUCUGUCUGGACCAUCAGCAGCCAGUUUGUGUCGUCUGUCUACAUUCAGAAACACACAAUGGACACAAAUUCAAACCUAUUAAUGAAUUUGCACAAAGCCACAAAAAGGAGCUCCAGAAAACACUGAAACCCUUACAGGAGAAACUGAAACUGUUUGAACAGGUUAAAGGAAACUGUGAUCAAACAGCAGAACACAUUAAGGUUCAAGCCCGACACACAGAGAAGCAGAUUAAGGAUCAGUUUAAGAAGCUUCAUCAAUUUCUACAAGAGGAAGAGGAGGCCAGGAUCACUGCACUGAGGGUGGAAGAGGAGCAGAAGAGUAAGAUGAUGAAGGAGCAGAUUGAGGCUCUGAGCAGAGAGAUAGCAGCUCUUUCAGACACAAUCAGAGCCACAGAGGAGGAGCUGAGAGCUGAAGACGUCUCAUUCCUGCAGAACUACAAGGCUGCAGUGAAAAGAGUCCAGCAGCGCCCCCUGCUGGAGGAUCCACAGCUGGUCUCAGGAGCUCUGAUAGACGUGGCCAAACACCUGGGCAACUUGACCUUCAACAUCUGGAACAAGAUGAAGGAGAAGGUCUCCUACACUCCUGUGAUUCUGGAUCCAAACACUGCCAACUCAGAACUCAUCUUGUCUGAAGACCUGACCAGUGUGAGCCGUGGAGAGACACAGAAGCUUCCUGACAAUCCAGAGAGGUUUGAUUACUUUCGCAUCGUCCUGGGCUCUGAGAGUUUUAACUCGGGGACUCACAGCUGGGAUGUUGAAGUUGGGGACAAUACAGACUGGUUUGUGGGUGUGACAGCGGAGUCGGUCCAGAGGAAGGGGAAGCAUCCGUCUCGUUUAUGGAGAACAGGGUACUUUGAUGGGAAAUACAGCGCACGCUCCCUAUCAGAUCCCUCCACAGCCCUUUCUGUGAAGAAGAAGCUCCAGAGGAUCAGAGUUCAUCUGGACUGCAACAGAGGAAAUCUGUCAUUCUCUGAUCUUGAUACUAACACACACAUACACACCUUUACACACACUUUUACCGAGAGGCUGUUUCUGUACUUUAACACUGUGAAUAUACGCCCACUGAAGAUAAUAUCAGUAAAGUUUUCUGUAAGGCGGAGUUCAGAUAUAUAUUAGCUCUAACUAAAACCCUUAGAUAACACCCUCUCUGUGGGAAGAGCAAAAAAAAAAAAAAAAACAGCCAUGCAAGAAGUUUUUAACUUGACUCAAAUGUUGCAACCUCACCCAAAACCCAACUGCGACACCCAAUCAAAUGUGCAAUGACCUAUUCCUAGCCUAAGUUUACUGCAUUGUUUACUGGCAAUCAUCACAAGAGUAAUGACUGUCAUUGUGCUUACUGCCAGUGCAGAGCUGUAAAAUCCUGCCAAUUUAUAAACUAUUCAAUUCAGUUUCAUUUGUAUACCGCCAAUUCAUUACAAAAGUUAUCUCAAGACACUUUUCAAAUACAACAGGCCUAGACUGUACUCCUUAUAUAAUUACUUACAGAGACCCAAAAGUUCCUAAAUACUGUGCAGUAUUUCACAUUUUAGUCUUAAAACUUCUGGAUAUUUUACUCCAAUUUGUAUUUGUGUCUCACUUGUUCUAGAAUUAUACGAGAAAGGAUUGCCAGGUCCCCAAAAACCAAAGAAUAAUACAAAGACUCCAGAAAUACUGUCUGUCAGGGCAGAAUAUUGUAGAUCAUACCUUAUUUAUCUUACUGCCACAUUGCUACUGGAGACCUGUGGGUUCUGCAAUGUGUCACCAUAAUACAGACAUUACUAGGUAAGGAUGAAAGCUGUAAGUAUCAAACUUUACGGAAAUGUCAUUAAUGUACAAAACAAUAAAAACAUAUCUUUGUGCCUGAA